AUGUUUGUCUCACGAAUGAAUAAAAGCACGCAGUGCGUGUCUGCGUUCUUCUUAGCCCUUGCCUCCCAGGCCUCACGGAGACCACAAUCCCUUUCGACCAAGUCAUUCAUCAUCUAUCAUUCACAAUCUUCACGAACAAUCUACAACAACAUGGCUCCGUCGUGGUCUUCGCCACCUCGGUAUUCUCGGAUCCGACUCGUCCACACCGAAGACUUUGAAGCAGCCUACCCGGUCCUCGCUUCCUACGCAGUCGACCCGGAGCUUGCAUUGACGGUUAAAGAGCUGGCGAUUGACACAGAUCGCUGGCCCACGAAGCGUUCCUGCCACUGUGGCUUAUGUGGCGGCCAUGUGAUCUGUAGCAUACACGAGCCCGCAAAACCCGUUGACACACGCGCCCACAGCCUUCUUGAAAACCGCAUCCGCAACCUCGGCCUGAGCCCGGAAGGGACCGAGGACAUGAUUGCGGCUAUGGCCUGGAAGAUGAGGCUGCUCCUCGGACUGAAGCCUGACAAAGCUGACGGCGUCAAGAAGCUCGCUACCGACUACGCUUCUGCCGUUGCUGUUCUUCUGCUGUCCUUUUGCAGAAACAUCACCCAUCUCUACUAUGGAGAAAUCUCGGGAUGGUGUUACAAGCCCGUCGAAGAGAUCCUCUACAAAUCCAACUAUGGCCUGAUUUCGCAAGAGCACCGUGUUCUCCAGAACCUAGAAAGCGCCCAGAGGCUCUGCGUGUCCGAGGCGGACGACGAAAGACACUACUACAGGACUGAGUACCUAGAUAUGAUGAGGUUGUUUCACCGACUUCCCAAGUUCUCCAGACUCAUUCUGGACGGAACCGGAGAGUACCAGGCAUACCGUCUAACUUUCCCACCAGGGAGCGGUUCCGCCCCAAUCAAGACCAUUGAGAUGAGACACACAGAUAUCGACGGCUCGAUGUUGGCCUCUCUACUCCGAAUCACUCGAGGUCUCGAGAAUUUCACCAUCUCCAUUGGCGGGCUGUGGUCAACCGACGGAGGGUCACCCAUGAUAGGACUCAGAAACGUCUCUAGGGCCCUCUUGACCCACAAGGCCACCCUCAAGAGCCUGGAUCUCGACAUCGAGCAUGCAAUCGGCAGUGCGGCAUUCUACUUUGAAGAUGAGGAUGAGGAUGAGGAAGAGUCGGAAGACCUGGAGAGCGAACGGGACGAAUGGUUCCUUCUGGACGCGGCCGUGAGCUCGGGUCCGCUGGACCCCGAGGACAUGCCCCUCGAUCGGGAUUACGGCAGGACAAUCGGCUCACUCCACGACUUCCCUGCGCUGACGCGACUGAGCAUCAACAUUCAAGCGCUCAUUGGCGUCGGUAAUCCGUUCGGCGUGCGACCGCAUGCUCCCUACAAACUCGUGGAACAACCGCCGUUCAGGCUCAUUGACGCGCUGCCGCCCAACUUGGAGUUCUUGUGUCUCUAUGGAUAUGUAAAGGGUUUCAACGAUGCAGUCGAUGACCACGUCAGGGAGUUGAUGGAGCGUAGAGGGGAAAGGCUGCCGAACCUCAAGGAAGUCGUCGGCGUCGACAAGGAGGUUGUGGGAGAGGGCUCCAGGUACGAGGUUAGCCCGCGCGAGGGUGGGCUAUGGACCAUGUCCAGACCUGAGACGGGAUGGGUUGAAAUUGAGCAGUGAGCUGGGAGGUUAAUGGUUUCUUUCACUGGUUAGAUCUGCCAAAAGUAGAUGU